CCCAUUAUCUCAAGGUUCCCCAAGAUGUCAACUUUCCCAUUCUUCAACAAUUCUCUGCUCGUUGCUAUCAGAAUUUCCAGAAAUUAGAUGCCAAACCUUCUGCUUCUACUUCCUUCAUCUCUCACUCCCUUUCGCCUGGUAAGACUUUGCAGUAUUGUUUUUGGCUCUUGAUUGUUGCUUCGCUUUUUCUUUGCAACCUCUCUGUUCUUGUGGUCUCUUUCAAGGAGCCGUCAAGGUCAGAUCCCAUCUCCAGAUGUCGCCGGCAGUAGCAGAACAAGUCAAAGUUUUCUUUUCCAAUCAAACGAGUUCCCAAUGGCUUUGAUGAGUUGAGAAAGAGUGGUCGCAGCAGGUGCUGAAUUGAGAGCCGAAGAGGCAAGAUGGAUUUGCUCCCAGGCAGUCUCUUACAGGAGAAGUUGCAGUAUUACCUACACCACACCAGUCCACUUUUCCCUGAAGUCCGCAAGGAAUUUGAGGCAGUGAAACUCAAGCUCCCAGGUAUCGGGUACAUGAACUCGAGACGAGCACUAAAAGAUUUGGAAGAUAAGGUCGAUGAUAUUAUGAUAUUCAACCUGAGACUGAGGUCACCAUUUUUGGGGUGGUUAGGUCAUCAUCAGCUUCCCUUUAUAUGCUCACGAGUCCAUUUAAAGAAGCAGUUGAUGGAAGUGCGUCAGUUAGGCGAACAAAUCCAAAAAAUUCAAACAGACGGCAUUCCAACUGCUCUUGAUAAUGCCUGUAAGAGUACUCAAGCCGAAGAACAGAGCUCAACCUCGUUUGGUAGUUCUAGAAAUUAUGGAGUAAGGCCAUCAGCGUAUGAUGUGACUGGGGGGAGAAUCAAAAUGCCUAUCCACUCCGACGUUGCGAAUAGGAUUGAGAAUUUGUUGCUGAAUCAUAAAGACAAAAGAUUCAAAGUGAUUGGCGUGUUAGGGAGAAAGGGUAUUGGGAAGAGCAGAGUGGUUACCCGUGUCUACAAGAAUGAGAAUGUAAGGAAAUAUUUCGACUGUUAUGCAUGGAUUUCAAACCCUUUGUCUUCAGAAACUGAAAGUGUCCUUCGGGAGAUUUUACGCCAAUUCUAUUUUGGAUCCCCUCCCUACAUAUUGGAGACGAUGGAUCAACCAACCUUACUAUCCGCAAUAGAUAAAUGCUUGGAUGGGAAGCGGUUCCUGUUGGUUCUGGAUGGUGUUUCAGACAUCGAAAUUUGGGAGAGCGUUGUAUUCCCUGCUUUCCCAUUUGGUCAUCAACUAGCUCGAACGGGACCAAUCCUCUUCACAAGCAGGAUCGUUUUCGCAAGUAAUUUCGGCCAUGGUAGGAUCGUUUUCACAAGUAAUUUACCACAUCGUAGGGUCUUUGACACCGUGGUUAACCAAGUCUUUGUCCAAAUCCACCUCAAGGCCAUGUCACAAGAGGAAGAAGCAUGGACUAUGUUCUGCCAAUUGGUGUUUCCUGAAACACAACCGACUCCGGGGACUUGUCCAACGGAGCUAGAAGAAAUGGCAAGAGGGAUCACACAAAAAUCAGGUGGUCUACUUUCUGUGAUCCAGUUGCUUGCUGGGGUCUUGCGGGGAGACAAGAACCGUCAAGUUUGGAAAAAACGUCUUCGCCAAUUGGAGGAAUUAGAUAAAUCUUAUAGAGAUGAUACAGUAAAAGCAAUAUUGCUCAGUUAUGAUGCAUUGGAUUUACCUGUUAAAUCAUGCUUCUUAUAUUUCGGUAUUUUCCCCAAAGACGAUGAGAUUCCAUUGAAGAGGGUCAUUCAGUUAUGGGUUGCUGAAGGGUUGGUGGAGGAGACUCCAGAGAAAACAGCGACAGAAGUUUCCAUGGCCUACUUACAAGAGCUCAUCGACAAGGAAUUGAUCCAACCUGGAAAUCUCGAUGCUAAAGGAGAUCUAAAAUCUUGUAAAUUUGAUGAUCAAGUUCGCAGUGUAGUGCUUGAUAUCAUUAAUGGAUCCAAUAAGCGAUACUCUGUUAAUGCCACAGACAAUGGAUCCUCUGGAAAUGUAGUUAUGCCAAGUUUAAGUUUGCAUCUCCUUUCCAUUCAGGGUGGGGAUGUUGAAGACAUAAUAACAUCAUCAUACAAAAAAAAGGCUGCAAGUGUACGCUCUUGCAUCAUAUCUGGAAUGGGUAAGUUACAAUACUCAACUAUGCGUCGAUGCCUUUCGGAAUUUCAACUCUUAAGAGUGUUGGACUUGGAUCUCCAAGGCUCAGAGAUCAAAGCCUUGCCCAACAGCUUGGGUACUCUAAUUCUUCUAGUAUAUCUAAGACUGGAGGGCUCAAAGCUGGAGGAGAUUCCUGCCUCUGCUUUGAAGAAUCUGAUCCGUUUGAGAUACCUGGGGUUGAGGAGAAGCGGAAUUAGAGAGCUUCCUGCUACCUUGUUACAGCUGAAGGAACUUCACACCUUGGAUGUGAGAGAGACAAAAGUGAGGAGAUUGCCCUGUUGCAUGUCCCAACUUCUUAGCUAUAAUCUGCGGCACAUACAUCUUUGUAGUUCUUUUAGAAGAGAAGUUGUGGAGAUGCCACUUGGAAAAUUGACGGAACAACCACCACUCCAACUCCAAACACUUGCGGGCGUGAGAGCUACUACCAGCUUGAUAGAGGAACUGGGAAGAUGGACCCAACUCCGAAAACUGUCCAUGGGAAGAGUAGCAGAAGCUGAUUCUGAAAAGUUGUGUGCUUCCAUUGACAGGAUGAACUUCCUUCGAUCACUAUCUAUAAAAUGUGGGAAAAAAGGGACGCUACAUAUGGGAUUUUUGGCACACUCCUCAACAAAACUCGACACAUUAAGGAUUGGAGGUUCGGUUGUGGCCUUGGACUCUGCAAUGAAAUGCUUCCCAUUCCUUUGUCGCUUAUUCUUGUGGGACAAUCUCUUACCAUAUGAUCCUCUUCCAAUGCUACAAGAUCUUUGUAACCUCACGGUCCUCAGCUUGACUAACACUUUCCUAGGAAAUGAAAUAAACUGUGAUACUGGUUUUCCUGGGCUAAAGAGACUCUCCAUCUUCCAGCUGAGAAAUCUAAAGCAUUGGCAAAUAAAUGGAGGAAUGGAAAAGCUUGAGUUUCUUUCCUUUGGGCAUUGUCCAGAUUUGAAAAUGCCGCCUCAAGGCCUUGGAAACCUCCCUAGUCUCCAACUUGUGAUGGUUGCAGGAAUGGAUGAGGAUUUUAACGAGAAGAUGGAGAGGAUUGGCAAUGAUUCAAAAGAUCGUUUCAAGGUCCGUCACAUUCCAUUAUUCAAGCAUGAUUUCGGAGCCACCGAGCAAGAGCCCGGGACAAAGAAUGAAGAAGUUUCAGAGGAUGCUGGCUCUAGAGGGUCCUUGCCGACAUCUUACUUGGAGAUACAUGACUCUUCUAAUAGUAAGUCAAAUGAGGAGAGUUUGCCUCCAGCGUCGGCUUCGUGAAGAAAACAAAUUGGCUUGCAAUUCCUGCUGCUUCCUUACGCCAAUCCUGUUUCUGUUUUAUUCCAAUUCCUCUUUGCUUUUGCCAAACUUUUCCGUGUUGAUGUAUAUAGGCUCUUGUUGGCACCAUAAUUUGAAAAUUCUAUGAAUUGAAUGAUUCACGGUCAAUGCACAAGGCAAUUAACCAAUCAGAUGAUAAGGAACCUAUAUUAAAGG